AUGGUGGUCGAUAUUUAUGGAAACUCAGGGAAGCAGAACGGUGAACAGAGGAGCCAUUUUUGGCUCCCCUCCGCCAGGAGGGUGACUGAGGGUGGACGAGGAUGGGGCCCUGUGGCGGCUGCGGCACGAAUGGACAUCGGUCGAUCAAUGGGCCCAGGCACCAGGCACGGCCAACCCGAAGCACAGGUGGCAGUAAACGGGGUUGGCCGUGGGCUUUAG